GCCAGAGGAUGGCCAAGGUCCCGGAGCUGGACGACACCUUCCUGCAGGCGCAGGCGCAGCCUUCGCCCCAAGUUUCCCCUGAGGCCCAGGAGGAGUGCUGUGGGCCGCUCCUGGGCAAGGGCUUGCUCAUUUACCCCGAGGAAAGGGUGUACCUGGCGGCGGCGGCGGCGCAACCCGCGGGCGCGCUGGGCAGCGCGGAGAGAGGGGAAGACCCGGAGCUGCCGGCGGGAGUUAAAUCGGAAAUGCGUUUAAGCAAUGGUAACGUUUCCUCGGAAGAAGAGGAUGCAGACAGUCACGACAGCAAAACCAAAGCAGCCGAUCUACACCUCUCUCAGAAGAAAACCGUCACGCAGAUGAUGAAGGAUAAAAAGAAGCAGACUCAGCUCACCCUGCAGUGGCUUGAAGAGAAUUACAUUGUGUGUGAGGGAGUUUGCUUACCACGGUGCAUCCUUUAUGCCCACUAUUUAGAUUUCUGCAGGAAAGAGAAAUUGGAGCCAGCCUGUGCAGCCACCUUUGGAAAGACAAUUCGCCAGAAAUUCCCCCUCUUAACGACUCGGCGACUUGGAACAAGAGGCCAUUCAAAGUAUCAUUAUUAUGGGAUUGGCAUCAAAGAGAGCAGUGCAUAUUACCACUCCGUUUAUUCUGGAAAGGGCCUGACAAGGUUUUCUGGAAGCAAGCUGAAGAAUGAGGGUGGCUUCACUCGUAAAUAUUCACUAAGUUCAAAAACUGGAACACUUCUUCCAGAAUUCCCCAGUGCUCAACACCUUGUGUACCAGGGAUGCAUUUCUAAAGACAAGGUUGAUACCCUCAUAAUGAUGUAUAAAACUCACUGCCAGUGCAUCCUGGACAAUGCAAUUAAUGGAAACUUUGAAGAGAUCCAGCAUUUCUUAUUACACUUUUGGCAAGGAAUGCCUGAUCAUCUUCUUCCUCUGCUUGAAAACCCUGUUAUCAUUGACAUUUUCUGUGUUUGUGACUCAAUUCUUUAUAAGGUUCUUACAGAUGUACUCAUUCCUGCAACAAUGCAAGAAAUGCCUGAAAGCUUAUUAGCAGAUAUAAGAAAUUUUGCUAAAAAUUGGGAACAGUGGGUUGUUUCAUCUUUGGAAAACUUGCCAGAAGCUCUAACUGACAAGAAGAUACCUAUCGUGCGAAGAUUUGUAUCUUCUCUGAAACGGCAAACAUCUUUCUUACACCUUGCUCAGAUUGCCAGACCAGCUCUCUUCGACCAGCAUGUUGUGAAUUCUAUGGUAUCUGAUAUUGAAAAGGUUGACUUGAAUAGUAUUGGAUCGCAGGCCCUUCUCACCAUUUCUGGCAGCACAGACACUGAAUCAGAUAUCUACACUGAACAUGAUUCUAUCACAGUGUUCCAAGAACUGAAAGAUCUUCUUAAGAAGAAUGCCACCGUGGAGGCUUUUAUUGAAUGGUUGGAUACCGUGGUAGAGCAGAGAGUUAUUAAGACCAGCAAACAAAAUGGAAGAUCGUUAAAGAAGAGGGCUCAAGACUUUCUGCUCAAGUGGAGUUUUUUUGGUGCUCGAGUAAUGCAUAACCUCACCUUGAACAAUGCAUCCAGUUUUGGUUCUUUCCAUUUGAUCCGAAUGCUUCUUGAUGAAUACAUUCUCCUUGCCAUGGAGACCCAGUUCAAUAAUGACAAAGAGCAGGAGUUACAGAAUUUAUUGGACAAGUAUAUGAAGAAUUCAGAUGCAAGUAAAGCUGCCUUCACUGCUUCUCCGAGUUCUUGCUUUCUGGCCAACCGUAAUAAAGGGAGCACUGUUUCCAGUGACACUGUGAAGAAUGAAAGCCAUGUGGAAACACCCUAUCUUCCUCUAUCAUCCAGUCAUCCUGGAGGCUUACCCUCUGCUCUACACCCAUUUCCUGCUGGGAAUACAGACACCAUGCCGCUCACAGGUCAAAUGGACCUUUCCCAGAACACUGGUCAUCUGAUGACACCACCCAUUUCUCCAGCCAUGGCGAGCCGAGGAAGCGUCAUUAACCAGGGACCAAUGGCAGGAAGACCUCAAAGUGUGGGCCCAGUCCUGUCAGCUCCACCCCACUGCUCAACAUUUCCAGAGCCCAUUUAUCCUACUCAUCCUCAAACCAGCCAUGACUUUUAUGGGACCAACUCUAACUAUCAGACUGUGUUUAGGGCACAGCCUCACCCCCCAUCAGGAGUCUAUCCUCAUCGCCCAGAGCAUGGUCGAUGCAUGGCCUGGAGUGAACAGCAGCUUUCUAGAGACUUCUUCAGUGGCAGCUGUGCUGGGUCUCCAUAUAAUUCUCGACCACCUUCCAGCUACGGACCAUCCUCACACAGCCAAGAUUCACACAGUAUGCAGUUUUUAAAUACAGGAAGCUUCAAUUUCCUGAGCAAUGCGGGCGCUGCCAGCUGCCAAGGAGCAACAUUGCCUCCUAAUUCACCGAAUGGAUACUAUGGAAGCAACAUAAACUACCCAGAGUCUCAUAGACUCGGAUCGAUGGUGAACCAACAUGUUUCUGUCAUCAGCAGUGUUCGCUCACUGCCUCCCUACAGUGACAUCCACGAUCCACUUAACAUUUUAGAUGACAAUAGUAGAAAGCAGACCAGCUCAUUUUACGCAGACACAUCACCAUCAGUUGCUUGUCGAACUCCAGUAGUAGCAUCCAGCUUGCAAACCCCAAUUCCUUCCUCCUCAUCCCAAUGUAUGUAUGGAGCUUCCAAUCAGUAUCCAGCUCAAGAGACCUUGGAUUCCCAUGGAGCAAAUGGUAGAGAAAUGGUGUCCUCUUUACCACCCAUCAACACUGUGUUCAUGGGAACAGCAGCUGGAGGCACUUAA